AGCAAAACUAGCGGGUCAGAAAGGGGCCAGUGUGUGAAUUUGAACACGCUGCGCUUUCCUCGUGUUUAUUAUCUGUUUGCGUCCCGAUGCGUACAAUAUAUGACGGACGACAAACGCACACCCGUGAAUGUAUCACUUCGGUGAAUGUAUCACUUCGGUCAACGAGUCGGUGAAAUCGCAAGAGAACUUUAUAUGCUUGGAGUCAGCGAGCACAUUUGAACGUGAGUGGGAGAAGCGAGGGGAAGAGCCCCUGAGUUCCUCACUUCUGCCCACAAGAAAGAGGAAUCAGCACACUGUCACACGGACACGAACCGGAAAGAUGGAGCGAACCAACCGUUUGCUGGAAAUAGCACUUUUGACAAACCAGGCUCCUUAAAACAAACAACGAACAACUAUGGAUUACGCGAAAAUCUUUAUAGAUUAACGUAUCUGUGGAAAUAUACUGUAACUGAUCAGACCAGCACAAAAACUAUUGUUUUCUUCUUUUGGAUGGACCUUGCAAUCUUGAACAUAAAGGAACAUCUUAAUCAUUCAAUGCAUGGUCUGAGCUGAGGGAUUUUCCCUCACAAGCUGUAAUGGAACAAUGAAAUAUGCGUGUGUAAAACUGACCUGACGCCAGCCAAACUGUUACCGCCUUCGACAUGGCAAAUUGUGCAGGUUUGGUUCGGGGUGCGCGCACACUGAUUUGCCCUUUCGCUUGUGUGUUUGUAUGUUUGACUUAUUUUUCCAUCGCAGCCCCCAACCACCACGGCCGUCGGUUGAUCUGUUGGCAAGCGAUAUUGAACUGUCAGUCGGAGUCUGAGUGCCAUUACGCCUAUGAUCAGUAUUUGCACGCCUGUGACCCCAUCCUGACCGGCCAGAGGAGGAAAUGUCCCAGUCACUGCAUCUCCUCGCUGGUUCAGUUAAACUUAACCAAAAACGGUCCGGCGCUGGAGGACUGCAGCUGCUCCUCGGACCCCCGCUGCCUUGAGACCAAACGAGCCAUCGAGCCGUGCCUACCCAAAACCAGCAGCAUGGGCUGCACCGAAGCCCGGCGGCAGUGCGAGAGGGACAGCCAGUGCCGAAGCGCGAUGGGCGAAUAUUUAAUUCACUGCGGGAAACUCUUCAGCGGCUCCAGCUGCUCGAACCCUUGCCGCAAUGUCAUCGCGUACAUGCGAAAACUCCCCAAAGCGCAACAAUUGGAUACUUGCGUCUGUGACGGAUCAGAGCGCACUAUCUGCGAGUUUAUCAAAACUAGUAUGAAAACCCUUUGCUUUGACUCUCCUCCCGUGGAUGAAGAGGGCUCCAGUGGUUUGGACGAUGAUGACCAGGAUGAUGAAGAUUAUCCAUUGGAGUUUGAGGCCAAGGGGAACACAGGUUCUGCGUAUGUGGCAUGUUCUGUUUUGACUGUGGUGGCAUCCAUUUUGGCUAUUGUGCCGCUUCCUUGAUCACUUUGAAGUCGAGUUAUUAAUCUGCUCCUACAGCUGUUCGGGAAUAGUGCAUUUUGUCGUAUGACGAAUUCGUCUCCAAAGAGUAGGCUACAAGUUGAAGGAAUGUACCAGGUUCAGUACAAAUUCAGCUCAAUCGACAGCAUUUGUGCCAUGGUAUUGAUUACCACAAAAAUAAUUUAGACUUGUCCCUUGUUUGUAGGCUAAAAAUAAAUAAAAAAAAAAUUGAAUUUCUUUUGUUUUUGAAAAAGAAGCAAAAAUCGCAGUACAGUACAAUGUAAGUCCAUGGGGCCAGUCAAUAAACAUUCAAAUACACAAAAUUAUAGCCACAAUAUUAUACGUGUUAACAUUAUUUUAGUAUGAUAAAGUCACCUACUAUCCUUAAGAUGUGUAAAGUUAUAUCCAAUAUUACAACUUUGUUGUCAUGACAACAUAACACUGGUAAAUUCUGUACUUUGGUAAAUGCUGUAACGCAGGUAAAUCCCUGAUUGUAUUAGACUAAAUUAAUGUUAAAUUAUAUAAUGUUUACGGCAUGUGGCUAUACUUUUAAAACAGCGUGUAUUUUAACGUUUAAAGACUGGCCCCAAGUAAACGAGGCACAAGUUGAAAUAACUUCUGUGGGCAUCAACAUUAUGCCACAAAUGCUGUCGAUUGAGCUUAACUUGAAUGGAGUCUGAAACAUUCCCUAAAAGAUUUGCUUGACAUUAAGAUGUUGUUCAUGCCCUGAAAUUGUCUCUUUGUAUAUGUGCUUUGAUUCACUAUGCAAAUUUACCGCUGCAACACAUUUGGCCCAGGUGAACCAUGCCUUAUCUAAUGUAGGUUUAUCAGUUAUCAAGCUAAAAUUCUUAUUCUGAAGUAAUUUAACAGCAGGGAUACAAGGUACUGUAAGUCAGUCAACUGCCUUAAACACAUUUUCCUAUGUCAAAUACAAUUUUUUUGUAAAAGACUCUACAACUCGAUCAAUCUUAUUUCCUUAAAAGAUAUAGAAAUGUUUAUUUUGUUACAUAGACAUUUGAGCAAAUCCAUGUUUUGAUUACGAAGCUGUGCACUGCCAAUGUAAAACUAGAUUUUUAAAAUAUGUAAAGUAUUUUUUAUAAAGUUACAAACGACCUUGCACAAGUAACCUCUGUAUAAAGUGUUUUGAAUGCUGGAAUCAAUAAAGAGUAGAUCUCUAUAUUAGCUAGUAUGCGAGUAAUCUGUAGAUUUGAUACACCUUAUGAAAAUACUAGAGGUUCACCAGAGAAAACUUUAUUUUUAUCAAGAGUAACAUUCAAAACAAAGGGUGAUUAUUCCAGCUUUAAAGGGAAGUUAAAUGUUUGGUGUAAUUAUUUUCUUUUUAAGAUAUUGUACAGUGUACAGAUUUCAGAGAAAAUUUUAAAUGUGUUAUCAAAGAUGAACUAUUUACUGUGUAGAAAUGUAUAAAUCCACUGUAUGACUGCCUCAGUGAUGUUCUUUUAAUAGAAGGCAUAAAAACUAAAGUA